CGCUUCGCUGACCCGUGGCGCGUCUUCAGAGUCUCCAGUCCGAGUCCCUGAACCUGAAAGCGCGCAGCCAGAGUGCCCAGGGAGCCCCCAUACUACUACCUACAGUACUACUAACCACCGUCUGCUGCAACUCGGUACCAGGCAGGCAGUAGAGGCCAGUGGUCCAAAAGAUUCUCGUAUCUGAUGCCACAGUAAACACGCCUUCAAACGGCCACCAUCAUCAUCCUCAUCUUCCCGCCGACCGCACCAACAUCGACACGUCUCCUCCUCUCUGUUUUGUUUGUCCUGUCGUUCGUCCACCUGUCACCCCGCCGGUCCGGAAGUGAAGAAAACAAUCCUCCGUUGACACGUCCCUGCAGGCAUUCUCCUGGCCGACCCCGAAUACAUGGCUGGCCUCGCUGUCAAUAGUUGAGAUCCCAAUCCCGACAACCAGCAACAUCCUCCAAAAUGGCCAGCUGGGACAUCGGCACCCGGGCCUGGUUCCCUAACCAGGCCGAGGGCUUUAUCCCCGGUGAACUGGCUGAGAGGAAAGAGUUGGGCGAGGGCAAGAUAGCCCUUGUCUUCAACCUCUCCGAUGGCUCACAACAGACGGUUGAGACCACCGAGAGCGCUCUCGCCGAUACCCAUCAGAAUGCCUCCCUGCCUCCUCUCAUGAACCCGCCCAUGUUCGAAGCCGCCGAAGACUUGACGAAUCUCUCCCAUCUCAACGAGCCCGCGAUUCUGCAGGCCAUCAAGCUGCGAUAUGCCCAGAAAGAAAUCUACACAUACAGCGGUAUCGUGCUGAUAGCCACGAACCCCUUUGCGAGGGUGGACUCGCUCUAUGUCCCGCAGAUGGUGCAGGUCUAUGCGGGCAAGCAGCGAGCAUCGCAGGCACCGCAUCUGUUCGCCAUUGCCGAAGAGGCUUACACUGACAUGUUGAGGGAUUCGCGGAAUCAGACCGUUGUCGUGUCUGGCGAGUCUGGUGCCGGCAAAACGGUCAGUGCAAAGUACAUCAUGCGGUACUUUGCGACGCGCGGAGCCCCUGGACAGACCGGCAAGGGAAGGAAGCCGAGACCUGAUGCCAUCAGCGAGACUGAAGAGCAGAUUUUGGCGACAAAUCCGGUCAUGGAAGCCUUUGGUAACGCGAAAACGACACGAAAUGACAACUCCUCCCGGUUCGGUAAAUACAUUGAAAUCAUGUUUGACAAAAACACGGACAUCAUUGGUGCCAGGAUACGAACAUAUUUGCUUGAGCGUUCACGUCUCGUUUUUCAGCCGUUGAAGGAGAGAAACUAUCAUAUAUUCUACCAACUUGUGGCCGGAGCCACUGAUGAGGAGAGGCAAGAGCUGAGUCUCUUGCCGGUGGAGGAAUUCGACUAUCUCAACCAAGGGAACGAACCUUCAAUCGACGGUGUGGACGACGCGGCCGAAUUCGCAGCGACAAGGACGUCUUUGAGCACGAUCAAUGUUUCAGAAAGUACACAGAAAGAGAUCUUCCGCAUCCUUGCUGCACUCCUGCACAUUGGCAACAUCAAGAUCGCCGCGAGUCGCACAGAGUCGAGUCUCUCUGCAAACGAGCCUGCCUUGGAACGGGCUAGCAAGAUCCUGGGUAUCGAUGCGAGUGACUUCGCCAAGUGGACUGUUAAGAAACAGCUCAUUACACGGGGGGAGAAGAUCACAUCCAACCUCACUCAACAACAAGCGACGGUUGUUCGAGACUCCGUAGCCAAAUUCAUUUAUUCCAGCCUCUUUGACUGGCUUGUGGAGACGAUAAACCAUGGCCUGGCGACCGAAGAAGUCUUGCAGCGUGUCAGCACCUUCAUCGGUGUGCUGGAUAUCUACGGUUUCGAGCACUUUGCCAAAAACUCUUUUGAGCAGUUCUGCAUAAACUACGCCAAUGAAAAACUGCAACAAGAGUUCAACCAGCAUGUCUUCAAGCUGGAACAGGAAGAGUACAUGCGUGAACAGAUCGACUGGACUUUUAUCGACUUCUCUGACAAUCAACCCUGCAUUGAUUUGAUCGAGGGAAAGCUAGGUAUUCUGUCUCUCUUGGAUGAAGAAUCGCGGCUACCCAUGGGCUCUGAUGAGCAAUUUGUCAACAAGCUUCACCACCAUUUUGCCGGAGACAAGCAGAAGUUCUACAAGAAGCCUCGAUUUGGCAAGUCCGCUUUCACGGUGUGUCACUACGCCCUCGAUGUUACUUAUGAGUCCGACGGCUUUAUCGACAAGAACCGAGAUACGGUACCGGACGAGCAGAUGGAGGUGCUUAAGAAGUCUACUAAUCCGUUCCUGGUGGAAGUCCUGAACGUUGCCGCUGCGGUGAGGGACAAGGACAGUGCUCAAACCAGCUCAAAGACUGUGGCACCCGCAGGCGGACGGCGAGUGGGGGUCGCUGUUAACCGCAAACCCACGCUGGGCGGCAUUUUCAAGAGCUCGCUUAUUGAGCUGAUGGACACGAUCAACUCUACCGAUGCGCAUUACAUCCGCUGCAUCAAGCCCAACGAAGCCAAGGAGGCAUGGAAGUUCGAAGGACCCAUGGUUUUGAGUCAGCUCAGAGCCUGUGGUGUUCUGGAAACGGUUCGGAUCAGCACGGCCGGUUAUCCUACGCGAUGGACGUACGAGGAAUUUGCAAUGAGAUAUUACAUGCUGUGCCACUCAUCCGAGUGGACCACGGAAAUCAGACAAAUGGCUCAAAACAUAUUAGUGAAAGCACUAGGAGAAAGAGCUCAUGAAAAGGCGGACAAGUAUCAGCUGGGUUUGACCAAGAUCUUCUUCCGAGCAGGAAUGUUGGCAUUCCUAGAGAACCUCCGCUCAGCUCGUCUGAAGGAGUGCGCCAUCAUGAUCCAAAAGAACCUGCGGGCCAAAUACUAUCGCCAUAAAUACCUUGACGCGCGUCAAUCGAUCAUCAACUUUCAGGCUGCCACGCGGGCAUUCCUUGCAAGGCGGAAGGCCGAGCAAACCAGACAAGUCAAAGCAGCAACCGAUAUUCAACGGUUCUGGAGAGGACAAAAAGCACGCAGACACUACAACCAAGUUCGAAACGACCUCGUCCUUUUCGAAUCCGUUGCCAAAGGCUACCUUUGCAGGAGGAACAUUCUCGAGACACGCAUUGGCAAUGCUGCCGUUACUAUCCAACGAGCCUUCCGCUCGUGGCGAGCACUCAGGGCCUGGAGGCAACAUCGGAGAAAGGUGGUCAUCGUGCAGAAUCUGUGGCGCGGCCGGGUCGCUCGACGCGAUUACAAGAAGUUACGUGAGGAGGCCCGGGAUCUGAGGCAAAUCUCGUAUAAACUCGAAAACAAGGUGGUCGAGCUUACACAGUCGCUUGGAGCACUCAAACGAGAGAACAAGACAUUGCUUUCCCAGCUGGAAAAUUACGAAGGUCAGUUGAAAUCGUGGAGAUCACGACACACUGCUCUGGAGGCACGUUCUCGGGAAUUGCAAGCCGAAGCCAACCAAGCUGGUAUCGUGGCAGCCCGUCUGAGCGCUUUGGAAGAAGAGCAUGCCAAGCUACAAGCCAGCCAUGACGAACAUAUGGGCAAUGCCAAAAGAUUGCAGGAGGAAGAACGUAAACUCCGGGAGACGCUGCAAGUUUCGAAUGCGGAGCUGGAGCAAUUGCGGCAGACUGUCGCUACUCAUGAAAGCGAAAGAGGCUCAUUACGGCAACAGAUCAAUGAGCUUCAAGAUCAGCUAGAGAUGGCCAGGAAGGCGCCACCACCCGCGGCCACCAACGGCGUCAAUGGAGAUUAUGUCAAUGGCGGAUCUCAACUUCCAAAUGGUUUGAUCAACCUUGUUUCCUCGAAGAAGCCCUUGAAGCGACGAAGUGCUGGGGCUGCGGAGCGCAGCGAACUCGACAGAUACAGCGUGGCUUACAACGCUCGACCUGUCUCAAUGGCCCUCGACACGCACCUUAAGACGCUGUCGGGCUCCACCUUUAAUGCUGGUCUGGACAGCAUCGAGAUGGAACUCGAAAACCUCCUUUCGCAGGAAGAGGAGCUGAACGAGGAAGUCACCAUGGGGCUUAUUCGGGGCAUCAAGAUCCCUCAGCCUGGAGCCAACCCGGCACCGACCGAGAAAGAGGUCUUGUUCCCCUCCUACCUUAUCAACUUGGUCACAUCGGAGAUGUGGAACAACGGAUUUGUCAAGGAGUCGGAACGAUUCCUCGCCAAUGUCAUGCAAUCCAUCCAACAAGAAGUUAUGCAGCACGAUGGGGACGAAGCCAUCAACCCUGGUGCUUUUUGGCUAUCCAAUGUGCAUGAAAUGCUCUCCUUUGUUUUCCUUGCUGAAGAUUGGUAUGAAGCCCAGAAGACGGACAACUACGAGUAUGACCGUCUGCUCGAAAUCGUCAAGCAUGACUUGGAGAGUUUGGAGUUCAACAUCUAUCAUACAUGGAUGAAGGUUCUGAAAAAGAAGUUGCACAAGAUGAUUGUCCCCGCCAUUAUUGAAUCUCAGUCAUUGCCAGGCUUCGUCACCAACGAAAGCAGCCGGUUCCUUGGGAAGCUGCUCCCUUCGAACAACACUCCUGCGUACAGCAUGGACAAUCUUUUAAGCUUGCUGAACAAUGUCUACCGUGCAAUGAAGGCUUACUACCUCGAGGACUCGAUUGUUACGCAAACGGUCACAGAGUUGCUUCGGUUGGUUGGUGUGACUGCUUUCAAUGACCUUCUCAUGCGGCGCAACUUUUUGUCUUGGAAACGGGGUCUCCAGAUCAACUAUAACAUCACCAGGAUUGAGGAAUGGUGCAAAAGCCACGACAUGCCUGAAGGGACAUUGCAGCUCGAGCAUUUGAUGCAGGCCACCAAGCUGUUGCAGCUCAAGAAGGCGACUCUAAAUGACAUUGAAAUCAUCCAGGACAUCUGCUGGAUGUUGUCGCCCAACCAGAUCCAGAAACUGCUGAAUCAAUACCUCGUGGCAGAUUACGAACAACCCAUCAACGGAGAGAUUAUGAAAGCCGUGGCUUCACGCGUCACCGAGAAAAGCGACGUUCUCCUCCUGGCCCCAGUCGACAUGGAAGACAGUGGGCCAUAUGAAAUUGCUGAGCCCAGAGUCAUUACUGCGUUGGAAACAUAUACUCCAUCAUGGCUACAGACACCUCGUCUGAAACGGCUGGCAGAGAUUGUCUCGGCUCAAGCCAUGGCUCAGCAAGAACGAGGAGACCUACCGGAAGAAGAAGCUCUUGAUGAGAACGAACCUAUCGAGGACGAGGUAGCUGUGGGAGCGUGAAGUGGGAGACCAAGCGUUCUUGCGCAGCACCGCGACUACACGACGCAGUAGCUUCGACUUCGACAACGAUCCUCGUCGGACUAGUCCAAUGUGGCUGGAAAACAUUAUGAGGGAUCGUCGUCAUGUAAUUGAUGCUAGAGCCAGCGAACUCGGGGGUUUGUUCUGUCUUGUCCAUGAGGUUGGUCAAUGUCUCGUCGGAUCAGGACGGCGCAUCAAGGGAUGGAGGCGAACAAGUGAAUCGCGCAUCAAGAAUGGGGUAUGGUGUUGAAGUCUCGUCGUCUCCCCAUCUCUUCUUUUUCCCUCGUCGGUGUGUGGCGCACACCAAGCGAAGAAUAUAAUGUUUUUGGCGGGACAGGGGCAUAGCACUGGUGUCAUCGGCGCCUGGCCGGCUGGGCGAGGUCGGAGGCGAACAUUGGCCGUUUUGUCAUCUCAUCUUCCUCUUCUCUUUCUGCGUCUUGUUUUGUUACGCGCUCUUGCAAUGGCUCAUCCGUGGGCACGGUUCGGGCAUUCAUUCUAUGCGAAGCAAUGUAGGAGUGUGGCAGGAUACGGGCUGGCUAGGAGGCGAGUCCUCAGAACUACUAGUUCCCUUUCAUCAAGUGAAACAAAGAAGAGAACUAAUGUCAACGACUGAACUAUACUGUAACUACCUUAAAUUGUCGUAUCGCCAAAAUAACGCAAAGCACGGGUUAAUCUGACUGUCCGCGUGCUUCAUGAGAGAUAUGAAUUGCAGCUCCC